ACAGAUCUUUAAAGAGGAGAGAGGACUGUACCAGGACAAGGUGUUCUGCUUCAUCCAUCUGAGUGUUCAGGAGUUCCUGGCUGCUCUUCAUGUUCAUCUGACCUUCACCAACUCUGGAGUCAAUCUGCUGGAAGAGGAACAAACAACCUCCACGAAGUCUGAAACAAGAGAAUCUGCAGAGAAACACUUCUACCAGAGUGCUGUGGACAAGGCUUUACAGAGUCCAAAUGGACACCUUGACUUGUUCCUCCGCUUCCUCCUGGGUCUUUCAAUGCAGACCAAUCAGACCCGCCUACGAGGCCUGUUGACACAGAGAGAAGGUAGCUUAGAGUUCAUUCAAACUCUCCUACGAGGCUUGUCGAUAGUAAUAGGAAGUAGCUCACAGACCAAUCAUGAAACAGUCCAGUACAUCAAGAAGAAGCUCAGUGAGAGUCUGUCUGCUGAGAAAAGAAUCAAUCUGCUCCACUUUCUGAAUGAAAUGAAUGAUCGUUCUAUAGUAAAGCAGAUGCAACAAUUCCUGAGGUCAGGAAGUCUCUCCACAGAACAACUGUCUCCUGUUCAGUGGUCAACUCUGGUCUUCAUCUUACUGUCAUCAGAAAAAGAUCUGGAUGCGUUUGACCUGAAUAAAUACUCUUCCUCAGAGGAGGCUCUUCUGAUGUUGCUGCCAGUGAUCAAAGACUCCAACAAAGCUUUUUUGAGCAGCUGUAACCUCUCAGAGGAAGGCUGUAAAGAUUUGCUGUCAGUCAUCAGCUCCCAGUCCUGUAAUCUGAGAGAGCUGGACCUGAGUACCAACACCCUGCAUGAUUCAGCAGUAAAGCUUCUGUCUGCUGCAGUGGAUAGUCCAUACGCCAAACUGAAUAUUCUGAGACUCAAUGUUUGUGAACUCUCAGAAGAAAACUGUAAAGCUCUGUCCUCAGUUCUCAGCUCUCAGUCCUCUAGUCUGAGACAGCUGGACCUGAGUAUCAGAAACCUGCAGGAUUCAGGAGUGAUACUUCUGUCUGCUGGACUACAAAGUUUAAAAUAUAAACUGAAUACUCUGAGACUGAGUGGCUGUAACCUCUUAGACAGAAGCGUUCAAGCUCUGUCCUCAGUCUUCAGCUCCCAGUCCUCCAGUCUGAGAGAACUGGACCUGAGUAACUGUGACCUACAGGAUUCAGGAGUGAAGCUUCUGUCUGCUGGACUAAAGAGUUCACAGUGUGCAGUGAAAACUCUCAGUCUGUCAGGCUGUCUGAUCACAGAGGAAGGCUGUACUUCUCUGGCCUCAGUUCUGAGCUCCAAACCCUCCCAAGUGAGACAGCUGGACCUGAGCUACAAUGAUCCUGGAGACUCAGGAAUGAAGCUGCUGUGGGCUGGAGUGAAGGAUCCAGGCUGGAGACUGAACAUUCUCAGGGUGGAGCCUGCUGGAGUCCAGUGGUUGAGACCAGGUCUGAGGAAGUGUAAGUGUGUUUUUAAUGUGUUUCAUGAAAACAAAGCAGCACACAUUCAACCAUCUUCAAACUGUAACAUCACUCAUUCACGUCUCUGAUGUCAGCAGUGUUGGGUAAGUUACUUUAAAAAAGUAAUUAAUUACUAAUUACUUAGUCAAUAUUGUAUCUAAUUACUGUGUCAGAAAAGUAACUUAAUUACUAAAUAAGUGAUUUAACUAAAUACAUCUUAAAAUCCAUAUAAACCUUGAGUGGGCAAGCAAUAGAAAUUAAACUCUUUAAAUAAUAAAUAAUUUUUUUUAAAGACGUAGACUUUACAGUACGCAGCGGUAGCAUGUCUUCCACAAUGUAGCCUGCAGUCAUUUUUUAAGCUCACCUUCAGACGCUUUCUGUGCUGCUGAAGUAAAAUCAAGUUUUGCCUGCUUAGCAGGAGUUGCCGCGGUGUUAUCCAUGGAUGAUGAACAAGGAUCACUCAGAAGUGUUCGUCUAUGCUCUCGUGUCAGGCGCUUCAGUAGAUUACUCGUGCUAUUAACAGCAUCCGAUAGUUUUUUCUCCCCAGGACAUAGCUUACAUAUUACUGUAAUAUACUUGUCUGCUUGUUUCAGAAAAGUGAAGAGAUGGGAAUAUGUCC